AUGAAGGUUUUAAUAGUCUUUGCCCAUCCAGAUACAAGCAGCUUUAAUUACGCUUUAAAAGAGUCUAUAAAGCUUGGCUUUACAGACAGUGGCUGUGAAAUAAUAGAAAGUGACCUAUAUCGCAUGAAUUUUAAAUCACAUCUGGACCGCUACGAUUACCCAAGCUGGGAUAAAGAAACAUUUCGCCCAGAUGAAGCUGCUAUAAAAGCUUCUGAAGACAAUUCUCAUGCAGAAGACAUUAACAUUGAAAGACAGAAAAUCACUGAAUCAAGUGUAAUUGUUUUCCAAUUCCCUAUAUGGUGGUCUAAUUGUCCAGCAAUUUUAAUAGGAUGGAUUCAAAGAGUUUUUGGCUAUGGAUUUGGCUACCCAGACUCGUUGCCAGUUAUUUUUCCUGGUGUGACGUUUCCUAACUAUUUGUUCAUGAGAUAAUUGCUCGGAAAUAACCUGUUAAAAUUCUAUCAAAUUCCUCACGAGGGAAAAAAUCCCACCAAAAUUAAUCAAGGAAACGCCGCACGAGGAAAAUUCUCCAAUAAAAUGGCAUGAAGUUACCCAGACCCAGUGCUCCGGAAUAAAAAAAUUUUAAUUUCAUGCACAGCUGGGAAUUAUUCGGCAGCAGAUAUAGAUAUCAGAAUAAGAAGUCAGCUUUCCUCAUUUGCUUAUAUGGGAGCUGAAAUUCUUCCUAUAAUAGCUGUAUCUCCAAAUAAUACUCUUACAGAAGCUGAAAGAAAGCAAUUCAUAGCAGAUGCUUAUAAUAUUGCUAAAGGCGUUGCCGGAAAUUUAUCAUCAUAA